AUGGACAUAGCUAAGAAAAAUUCUGUCCAAAAAAGGCCUUCUAAGAAGUAUAAGGGCACUAGAAGAAAACAUAUUAUGAGAGAUGAAAGGUAUAAUGGAAGUAAGAAUGACACUAUAGGUGGUGGUUUAAGUGGCAUUGGAACUAGUUUGGGUGGCACAUCCGGGAGUGUUGGGCCAACUAUUGAGGAAUUGGAUUCGGAUUAUGACAAGCCAUAUGAUUAUGAAAGUGAAGCUUUCAACAGCCCAGUGUCAUCUGAGGAUGAAGGGAGGACUGCAUAUGAUGCCUUUAAUGAAGAAACUGAGUACGGGGAGGUUGAAUUUAAAGUUGGACAAACCUUCACUACAAUGGAAGCAUUCAAGAGUGCGCUGAAGAAUUAUUUUGUAUAUGAGGGUAAAGAUGUUAUGUAUCUGAAGAAUGAGAAGCAGAGGGUAAAAACUUUGUUCAAUGAGCAUAAUUGUGGGAGGAAUUUCAGCAGCAACCUUGCUGAUAGGCAGUGGGUAACUUCAAAGUUAGUUAAGAGGCUUCUUACUCAGCCAGACAUGAAGCCAAAGCAAGCUAUGGAAUACAUGAUCGAAGACUACAACAUCCAACUGAGUGGUAAAAUGAUAAGCAGGGCACUUAAGGCAGCUAGGGAGGAGGUAAUUGGCGACGAAGGAGCACAAUAUGGUAAGAUUAGGGAUUACCUGAUGGAACUGCAUAGGACAAACCCUGGUUCAACUGCAAGAUUAGACGUGAUACCUCAGCCAGAGUCUCUCCCUUUGUUUGAUAGACUAUAUAUAAGCUUGGAUGCUUGCAAGAAGGGCUUUAUAGAAGGAUGCAGGCCUUUGAUUGGAUUAGACGGUUGUUUUCUUAAGGGCUAUUAUGGCGGUCAGCUACUAUCUGCAGUGGGUCAAGAUGGCAAUAACCAUUUCUUUGUUAUUGCAUAUGCAGUUGUGCCGAAUGAGUGUAAGGACACUUGGAAAUGGUUCUUAACACAACUUCAGCAUGACUUAGCCUUAAAGGACAUAUUUCCAAGGGCUUUUCAUAGGAACUGCGUAUUACACAUUUGGAAGAAUUUCAUCAAGCAAUUUAAGGACCAACAGACCAAGCAACUUGUAUGGGAUUGUGCACGUUGCACCACACAAAUUGAGUUCAAGGCAGCUAUGGAAAAGCUGAAACAGAUCAGUGUUCCAGCUUGGGAAUAUCUUGAUAGGUUUGAUCCAGCUGCUUGGUCAAAGGCGUUUUUUAGUCCCGGACCCAAGGUUGACAAUAUCACCAAUAAUAUGUGUGAAGUUUGGAAUGCUAAGAUAUUGCAUACAGGGGUAAGCCAAUACUGA